AUGCCAUCCUUGCGAAACAUCCUCCACAAACGCGACGAGCUAAGCUCAGAGAAGCAACCUCAAGAGCCUCAACAAAUCCCAACCUCUCCGCCAACACCCGAAAUCAUAUUCAUGCGCACGACCACCAAUACCCAAGAGAUAAUCACACCACCAACCCAUGCUGACGAAUUGCCUCCUCUGUCCCCAAUCUCUCCAGAAAGCCGCCCUUCCCUCUCAACCCCUCGCCGGAGCUUCUCUUUCCUCCACCGUUCACCCCGCUCCGGAUCCAUCUCCAGCCCAUCUCCGUCCCGCACCCGCGAGCGCCGCCUCUCGAGCCUGCUACACCUUGAUGGCCGGCAGCGAAGUGAAUCGCGAAACUCCUCUGCGAAUAUUCCAGCAGAUUUACCGCAGGUUCUAGACGAGCAAGGCGACAAGGAGGCGAGAGAGGAGGCGUGGGAGAGGAGGGCGACGGUGCUUGUCCAGCAAAAUCCGCAGUUCGGGCAGCUUUCACCGAGAGCGUCGGAGGGAGACUUGGGAAGUGAGAAGGGGCGGCCAAGGAGCCCGAGUCAGGGAAAUGUGGGGGCGCAGGAUGAUAUCAAUAUUCAGGAGGCUAUUCGAUUACACGAGGCUGGAGAUCUGGAACGAUCAACUCAAAUGUUCGGCCAGCUGGCUGAUCCCAACGGUGCGAACAACCCCCUCAGUCAGGUUUUGUACGGUCUGGCUCUUCGGCACGGCUGGGGCUGCGCCAAAGAUGAGACACAAGCUGUUUCCUACUUAUCAGCAGCAGCGUCAAAUUCAGCUGCCGUCGAAUCUGAGGCCUUACGCGCUGGCAUGAAGAAAGGCGGCGUUGCUAAAGGCGAACUCGUUCUCGCCAUGUUCGAACUGGCAAAUUGUUUCCGUAAUGGCUGGGGCGUGAAGAAAGAUCCUUUCGCUGCUCGGCAGUAUUACGAGACGGCGGCUAACUUGGGCGAUACGGAUGCUAUGGACCAGGUUGCUUGGUGUUAUCUUGAAGGCUUUGGCGGGAAAAAGGAUAAGUUCAAGGCAGCCAAGUAUCUUAGACUUGCCGAGGCGAAUAACGGCCCGACAGUUGGCAAUUCUUGGAUCUGGAAGGAAAAGUAUAAUCCAAAAUAA